UGACUGCCUGAAAGGAAACCGUACCUCAGUCGCCAUUGAGAGUGAGCGCAUAUUUGAUAUUGUAGAUAUAAUCGGUUGAAGGCUAACCAGUGUUUACUGUUGAGGCAGGCGAGGGCCAAAGGACGGCACUACAUAACACGGCAUUAGGGCAAAUAGACGUAUUUGAAAGGAUUAGCUUGUGUGUGUUUACAAUAACACCGUUUCAUAUCCGUGUCUGACACUUUUUUGCCAGGGUUCUUUGUGUGUCGACAAUGGUUUGUUUUUCUCCGUCAGGAUCUCUCAUGAUCAUCGGAUCAUUUUAAAUGAAUGAUAGAGAUUAAGUCAUCCUAUUUAAAAGGGCAGAAGUCUGGUUGGAGUGAUUAAGGGCGGAAAGGAGGGGACAGACAGGAUUUCAACAUUUAGACAACAAGGAGUUCUGGAAAGGAGAUGGGGAAUUGUCUGAAAUCUCCCACUUCGGAUGAUAUCUCCUUGCUCCACGAAUCACAGUCAGACAGGGCCAGUUUCGGUGACGCCAACGAUCCGGAUCAGGAACCGCCACCCCCGUAUCAGGAGCAGAUCCAUGUGCCUGUGUAUCACCCCACUCCCAGUCAGGCCCGGCUGGCAACCCAGCUGACCGAAGAGGAGCAGGUGCGGAUCGCUCAAAGGAUCGGCCUCAUCCAGCAUCUUCCCAAAGGGGUCUACGAUCCAGGCAGUGACGGCACUGAGAAGAAGAUUAGAGAGUGUGUGAUCUGCAUGAUGGACUUUGUGUAUGGAGACCCCAUCCGGUUCCUGCCCUGUAUGCACAUCUACCACCUGGACUGCAUAGAUGACUGGCUGAUGAGGUCCUUCACGUGUCCCUCCUGUAUGGAGCCUGUAGAUGCUGCCUUGCUCUCGUCCUACGAAACUAACUGACUACUGCCUGCACUGAUCCCUGCCGUACACACACAACCCUUGAGUCCUGUCCUCACACGGCCCUUUGCAUAAAGAGACUAACUGUCCGCUUGACUUUGGUGUGGGAUGGUGUGCCUGUGGCAUCAUGGGAUAAAGGAGGCCACAUUGAUAAUUCAACCUCUCCUGCAUUGUCCUGCUGGACAGGGAAAUCUGCAGGAGCCCUUUUGCACCCUGAAAACUUUAUCAUUCGAUUCCUUUGUCUCUCAUUGACGACACCUACAAGCCGGUCACACUUUUCCACUGUAGCAACACUUACACUGGAAGGAGACGAACCUUCGAGAAACAUACUGGAGGACUUGCAUCUUUAACAUUCAGUCUGUAUUUAAUUCUUUCUUUCUCCAUGUCGGUUUCCAUAAAGGGCUCGUUUCAUUUCUGUUGAAGCUGCAGUGGAGCAAAACAAAUGGCAUUGCACAUACACAUGCAAAAAAAAAAAAAAGAAGAAAGAAAAAAAGUCUCAUGAAUUUUGCACUUUGGCUCAAAGAUUUAAGGCCAACUUUAUACACACACGUGCAUAUGUGCACACCAGAAAUCAUCACGCAAUAUUUUGUUUAACCAUAUGUUAGCUUUUGAGUCUGUAUGUUUGUUUGGUUGUUUUAAACUACUCCAUGAACACUUCAGCUGCCCAAUGUGUGCUCUGUAUCACUUGUGAGCACCAAGUCUAAAUGGAUUUGGUGCAGCAAUAAAAAAAAAUAUUACAAAAAAGAAAUAUAUAUAAGCAUUACAUAGUUUUUCCUCUUGCAUUACCAGGUCACAAUAAUGGCUGAUCUCACAUAUUGGUCAUGCUGACUGGUCAUUGUUAAUUUUUUCUUUGUGAAUUAAUUUUUUCUUCUUUUUGUUUAAAAUCAUCAGUACUGUUCAGUGUAGUAACCCAACCGAAAAAUGUAUUUACCCUCAAAAAAUACUGAAGUCACUGAAAGUGGCUAUGAGGUCAGCCUGGAGUGAUUAAUGCAAUAUAGGCCGUAGUGACUCAUGAAAGUACACGUAUGAGUGUGUGAAACUGCUCAAUAAUGAGAAUUUCACCUUCGUCGCUGGUGCACUGGUGUGUUUAGUUAACUUUAUUGUAAAUAGUGCAAUGAUAUAUAUUUACUUUAAUUUUACAUUUUCAGUAACAGAUACUUUAAGAGAAGUAUGUAGGACAUCAUAAGGGACUCAUAAGCUUUGAAAUCAUUUUUUUGAUUCCUCAUGGAUAAGUAAUAUAUGAGUAUUUCCCUUCUUGCAGUUUGCGGUUUUUUUUUUUUUUUUGUGUGUGUAUAGGAUCACAGGCAUUAUGAUCACACCCAAAGCGGAGAUGUGCUUGUAUAGCUGUUUGAUGUUUUUUUUUUUUAAUGAAAGAUGGUUUAUGCUUAGGGAAAUUAUGCCCAGCCCUUUCUCUCUCUGUCUAUAAAAGAAAGCACAAGAGAGCAUAGAAAUCAAGCCUCUAUUUUUCUUAACUCAAAUUUUAUAAAAAGAGAAAGUAAUUGCUAAAACUUAGAAGUGGUAGUAGGUAUGCGCCUUUGGCAUUAAAUCUGUCUCCUAAUUAAUCAAAAUGGGGAAAAAACUUUUUUUUCUGGUGGUUAGUGGCUGCUAUUGAAGUGAAGAUUUUCAUUUUUUCCUCGUGUUUGAACUCAUGCCUUGUGUAGAGUGACUGUAAGUGUGUAGUUAAUGAAGGUGAGGGAUACAUAUUCUUCAUAGAAAAUUCAUUGGCCUGGUUUUGCACAGUACUUUUAGUUGUAGGAUUGUCUUUUCUUUUUUUUCCUGUCUCCGCUUACAGCGUGGAGCUGUAUUGCCUUAGACCAGACAAGCAGGAGGCUUUUGGCUGGACGUCUUGGGCUGACAGGGGCUCUACACCAGCAUCGGGAGGACAGAAUGAUGAUGAUGAUGAUGAUAAAUGGGCAUUUGGACAUAAAAAACUUUGCUCACAGACACUUUUUGCUCCUGAGAAGACAUGUCAUCAAUGCAAUGCCAUACAGAAAUAGAUACACCAUGAUGUGCUGGGAGCUCAUGGACAUAACCUGUGAUCUGUUUGUAUGUGGCACGUGUGUGUAAUGCUGUGAGAGUGUCCCGUUUGUCUGUCGGUGAAUAUAUAUAUAUAAAUGUAUGUAUAUAUGAAAUUAUGCUUCUUCUAUGUACUAAAUAAUAAAUAGAAUUUAUGCUA